GUAUUUGAUACCAGUUUGUAAAACGAGGUUUUCCCACAGCCUGAAAGAUUUUGCAAAAUCAGGUUUCCUGCCUUUGUAUAAUCAAUUGCAACCUAUCUGCUAAGACCAAACUUCCCACUUCUGCUGUUCUUUACGUACUAAAACCAGAUGGUUACUUGACAAAUUGUCCGGAGAUUUCACACAGCGGUCCCACGGAUGUUUUUCUGACCACCACUGCUUACUUGGCAGAAUAAUGACAACAAAAAAAUAACAAUUAUUGAUUACUACAAGGCAAACCAUACUAUAAAAAGGAGCUGCAAACCAAGGCUCGACGGAGCGUGGAGUGGGCGGUGACCCCUCACGUUCCCCAGCGCUGCUUGCUCCGUCUAUAUCAAAUGGAGCAAUCUAAAUUUUGCUAAAUAUCGAGACUUUUUGUUUCUCAUUUAUAACAAGACGAUUCACUUCCUUUCCUCCAAAAUAAAAGGUGCAAUUCAAAACAAACCCCACGCUGCCUUGGGCUUAAAAAAAAUAUAAAGAACAACAACAACAACAACAAAAAAAAAAACCAACAAAAAAAAAACCAGCCUCAUCCCCCCGUCUGAGACAUCCCGCCGCGGCUGUCACCCUGUUCCGGCGCUUCCGCUAUUUCUGGGCAGGGUGAAGCAACGCGGCUUCAGUCUCACCCCGCCCGAGGGGCUGAAGACUUCGGCUCCACUCCCAUCAGUCCCGUCAGUCCCAUCAGUACCGUCCGUACCGUCCGUACCGUCCCGUGCCGUUCCGUGCCGCCGGCGCGGCCCCGGGAGCGCCGUCGGGGCACGGCCAUGGCCGGGCGCCUGCUGCUCCUGCUGCUCCUGCUGCUCUGCGCCGCUCUGCCCGCCGAGCCCCGCGCUCAGGGAGGCGUAUUCAUCAAGAAAGAAAAUGCUGACAAGUUUUUAGAAAGAACAAAACGUGCUAACUCUUUCAUAGAGGAAUGGAAGCAAGGGAAUAUUGAAAGAGAAUGCAAUGAGGAGCGCUGCUCAAAAGAAGAAGCAAGAGAAGCUUUUGAAGACCAGGAGAAAACUGAGGAAUUCUGGAACAUCUAUGUAGAUGGGAACCAAUGCAGUUCAAAUCCUUGUCACUAUGGUGGCCACUGUAAAGAUGGAAUUGGUUCCUACACUUGCACGUGCUUGGAUGGUUAUCAAGGCAAGAACUGUGAAUUUGUCAUACCAAAGUUCUGCAGAAUAAACAACGGGGACUGUGAGCAGUUCUGCAGCGUCAGGAGAGAUGGACAGAAGGAUGUAGUGUGUUCCUGUGCAGAUGGGUAUGUUCUAGCAGAGGAUGGCAAGCACUGUGUUGCAACAGUAAAAUAUCCUUGUGGAAAAGUUUUUCUGGCAAGGAGCAAAAGGUCUGUUCUUACACCUGCUGACUCUAGCAAUGGAACGAGUGAUCAGGGAGAAUCUCCUGCAAAUGAAACAAGUGCAGAGGAGAACUUUGCAAUUACCACAGAAAGCCCAACCCCUCCACCUGACAACAGAACAAGCAGCAAGACACCAUAUGUUGAUACCAGGAUAGUUGGUGGGGAUGAGUGUCUUCCUGGCCAAUGCCCAUGGCAGGCUGUUCUGUUAGAUGAGGAAGGAGAAGAGUUUUGUGGUGGAACUAUUCUGAAUGAAAAUUUUAUACUUACUGCAGCUCACUGCAUAAACCAAUCCAAAGAAAUCAAAGUUGUUGUAGGUGAAGUGGACAGAGAGAAGAAAGAGCAGUCUGAAUCAAUGCACACUGUGGAAAAAAUACUCGUUCAUUCCAAAUUUAUCGCCGAGACUUAUGAUAAUGACAUCGCCUUAUUAAAGCUGAAGGAACCCAUCAGGUUUUCAGAGUACAUCAUCGCAGCGUGUCUCCCCAAAGCAGAUUUUGCUAAUGAAGUUCUGAUGAACCAAAAAUCUGGGAGGGUUAGUGGCUUUGGGCGUGAAUUUGAAGGCGGACGAAGAUCCAAAAAACUGAAAGUGCUCGAAGUCCCCUUUGUUAAUAGGAAUACUUGCAAGCAAUCCACUAAUUUAGCCAUAACUGAGAACAUGUUCUGUGCUGGUUAUGACACAGAGAAAAAGGAUGCUUGCCAAGGAGACAGUGGUGGCCCCCAUGUGACCAGAUAUAAGGAUACUUAUUUUGUUACUGGAAUUGUUAGCUGGGGGGAAGGAUGUGCAAGAAAAGGCAAAUAUGGUGUCUAUACCAAACUGUCCCGGUUCUUGCGCUGGGUAAGAACAGUCAUGAGUUUGUAGUGGUGAUGUGUGCCUUGAUCCUUCUUGUUGGCUGACAAGGUGCAGAACUGGGAACGGGAACUUUCUUUUCCUGCACAUCUGCUAAGAUUGUUUUGAGGUCUGAUUCCUUAAAGUUAUGGUCUGCUUCCAUUUGUAUUACUGCUGACUUUAAAUCACAUCUCUGUAGUCUGUGGAAGUGUUUGGAAUUGGUUGAAUGAGGGAAUUUUCCCAAGCAAAGAGGCUGCUGAGUGGUGUCUUUCACUUUUUUUUGCUAUUCUUUUUUGUUUUUAUUAUCAAUGGCCUAUUUGGUUGCUGUGUGCUCCUACCAGAGGCUCCUAAACAUGCUCUGAACAGUCACUAAUCAUGAUGAAAGCAGGAAGGAUGGGUGCCAGUCAAUCCUCACAUUGCAGCCAUCUGGCACAGCAGGGAAUCUGGAAUCCAUCCUUUGCUUCUUCCUUUAGAUGUGCUCAGAAGAUUAAGGGAGCAGAGGAUCUUGCAUGGCAAAAGCUGAGACACAAUUAGUCAAUGUUUGAUGCAAAAUAACCACAUGUUCCACAAAAUGGCCUGAUCUGAUCACAGCACCUCAUUAAAAAGGGGUUUUGCUUUAUAAGGAUUGUACUUUAAUUUUAUUUGUACAUUCUGCUCAUCAGAAAAAUACAUGUGCAUGGUCACUGUUUUGCAUAUCUUGUUCAGGAUUGUUUAUGGCUGAAGAUUGGAAAGCUCCUUGCAAGUGUAUUGUUCAAGAUGUUUCUGUUGGGUGCAAUAUUGAUGUACACCAGCGUAUGAAAUAAAACAUUCUUUCUUUUC